AUGAGUCAAAGGGAGGAGCCAGAGGAGGCAGGGUCCAAAGCCCCACCCCCUCAGCGUAUCCAUCAGCCAAACAGUACACCUACUGAAGGAGGCCGUCCCAGGUGGAGGCCAUGCCAGCUGAACAGCCAAGACAAACAGGGAAGUGCCCAUCAACAUCAUCACUACCAUCAACAACCACACCCACAGCAGCCUGGCACUAACCGAGCUCCACCACGACGCAGCCGAAGACACGCCCCCUGCCACACCCAGAGGGGGUCAAGUGAGAGUGGAGAUGCAGAGCCACAGCCAGGCCAGCAGCCUCGUCCAGGUGGGUCGAAGUAUCGACGGAGUGGUGAUGGAGGGCAUCAGCACAGACAUCGACAGCAACCCAGACACAUUCAUGCAGUGCCACAGCCUCAUGAUGUUCCUGAGAUCAAUCCAGCCAUGGACACUUUGUCUCCUGAGGAGUCUUCCCAGGAAAUGCUGACUCCGUCUUCACAGGAGGAUCUCACUCCUCCUCAGGAGGAACCAACCGCAUCUCCACAGGAGGUACCACCUGCAGAGGACCAAAAUGGAAGUAUCCCAGGUCUACAUUGUUCCUCCAGUACUGAGAGCAGCCUUCAUGCACACUCUGAGCAGACCGAGGAUCAGCACAGAGAGAGGGAGCAGACAGAGGAGUACGAGGGUGAGACUGGUGAACUGAAGGUGGAGCGAUGUCAGGAAAACACCAAGUCUCAAAAUGAGGCUGAACAAGAAGAACAGCAUCAAGUGGAGAAGGAUUCCAUGGCAAUCACUGGUAGUUCAAACGGUAGUAAGAAGACCAGCAGGAGGUCUGGGCCUAUCAGAGUGGAUGUUCCACCUUUUGCAGAAUUUCCACGUCAGCCAUUACCGGUUCCUAAUUUCCAGUCUCAACCUUUCACAGAACCUCUUCGAGGUUUCCCUGUGGAGCUCAAAUCUGGUCCUGUCCAUCUCCCCUCCACCAGCAGCACAGACAUGAGGUCUGAAUGCCGAUCUGGUGCUGAGUCCUAUGAAGAAACAUUUUCAGACUCCAGUACAGAAGCCUGUUCUACUUCAUACCCACCAGUCUUUGAGUCCUGUCCAAAGUUCUACCCAGUGACUCCAACAGAAUCGGACCAAGAUCUGUAUCACUCACCACAGACAGGAUGGUACCAGAAACACUCUGAAGAACAGCACAGCUUUGAGAAAAACCCUGACAUGUCCACCAUUGAGGCUAAUCCAUGGAUCAGUGUGCAUGAGGAUCAGCGACCAUGGGGUUCUGUCGGUUCCAGACUGCACCACUAUGAUGAACAUUCAGGAGAUGAAUCUCGCAGUCCUGACAGAGGCAGAAGUAAGGUUUGGAGGCAUAAUGUAGAAGAGGAAUGUUCAGACAUCAGAACGGGACAGUAUGAGGUUUGUCCUCAUUUGCCUGUAAUGGACAGAGAAGAGAAACCAGAUGAUGACUCUGGAGAAGACAGACCACAUGCUAUGCAAGAACCUGCAAACACUUCUGGAGAUGCAAUCUCUCUGGCAAUAAGAGACAUAAAGGAGGCAAUCGAGGAAGUGAAGACUAAGACGGUGCGUUCACCGUACACACCUGACAAACCCAAAGAGCCAGUGUGGGUGAAGAGGAGAGAGGUGAGCCCGGUGGAGGAGAACCAACCACAGUGUUGUUCACCUCCACAGUCUCCUUCACAGCUUCCUUCUCCUCAGAACAUGGUUCUAGCUUCAGAUCCCGUAGUUCCUCUGGGAGCAGAAUCUUCCAGAGCUCAUGAGCAGCAGGAAGCAGACGUCAGUCCCAAUUUACCAGCAGCUGAAGAGCUUAGAAGAAACUUGGCUGCUUUCCCGACAUAUGUUGAUGUUCCAGGACCGUGUGAUCCAGAGGAUUUAAUCGAUGGGAUCAUAUUUGCAGCCAGUUUUUUGGGAUCCACACAGCUGUUGUCAGAGAGAACGCCAAGUAAGAGCGCCCGCAUGCAGCAGGCUCAGGAGGCCAUGACCCGCGUCCGGGUGAGCAUGAGGGCGGGGGUGUUAUAUAAUAAGUUUUGUUCUUCUCUUUUUCCUGAUGACUGGCAGGGUACAGGAGGUGAGCUUCUCUCUCCCAUUGAGGUGGAUCUCUUCGUAUCGACUCAGAGGAUUAAAGUUCUCAACGCUGACACACAGGAGACCAUGAUGGACCAUCCUCUGAGGACCAUCUCUUACAUCGCAGACAUCGGGAACAUGGUGGUCCUGAUGGCACGCAGGAAGUUGAUCCGCUCUCGCAGCACUCAGGAGCAGCUGGACGCAGCUGACGCUCAGCACCUGAACCCGGUGCAGGACGAACGGCGGCAGUACAGGAUGAUCUGCCACGUGUUCGAGUCUGAGGACGCUCAGUUGAUUGCGCAGUCCAUCGGUCAGUCCUUCAGCGUGGCGUAUCAGGAGUUCCUGCGGGCGAAUGGUAUCGAUCCAGAGGACCUGAGUCAGAGAGAGUACAGCGACCUGCUCAACACUCAGGACAUGUACAACGACGACCUCAUCCACUUUUCCAAGUCUGAGAACUGCAGAGACGUGUAUAUAGAGAAGCAAAAGGGUGAAAUCCUGGGCGUGGUGAUCGUCGAGUCCGGCUGGGGCUCCAUCUUACCCACCGUGAUCAUUGCCAGUCUGAUGCACGCUGGACCGGCGGCGAAAUCCGGCCGUCUCAACAUCGGAGAUCAGAUCAUGACGGUGAAUGGGACAAGUUUGGUGGGGCUGCCGCUGUCUACCUGCCAGAGCAUCAUCAAGGGCCUGAAGUCUCAGUCCAGGAUUAAGAUGAACAUCGUCAGAUGUCCUCCAGUCACCACAGUCCUCAUCCGCAGACCAGACCUCCGGUAUCAGCUCGGCUUCAGCGUACAGAAUGGCAUUAUCUGCAGUCUGAUGAGAGGGGGUAUUGCAGAAAGGGGUGGAGUCAGAGUGGGCCACCGCAUCAUUGAGAUUAAUGGGCAGAGUGUGGUGGCCACGCCCCAUGAGAAGAUUGUUCAUAUUCUGUCUAGUGCAGUUGGAGAGAUCCACAUGAAGACCAUGCCCGCUGCCAUGUACCGCCUGCUGACGGCUCAGGAGCAGCCAGUCUACAUCUGAACCCUGCUAAUGCUGUAAAGAUCACCAAUGUCACGGAGCUUCACCCUCACACACUCCAUUACAUUCCACAUGAUGAUCAGAUUGUUUACAAAAUCUCUCACACCGGCUCUAAAACAGUUUCCUCUCAGAACAUUUUAAUCUGCCUUAAUAAUGCGUGUAAAUCUGGAGAGAGGCGACAUCACCCAGACAUGCUAAUCUGGUUAACAAUGAACAGCUAGCAUUAGCUUAGCUGCUAACUCUACCAGAAUUAGAACUACAGCGGUGCCUGAAAGUUUGUGAACCCUUCAGAAUUUUCUAUAUUUCUGCAUAAAUGUGUUGGAAAGCAUCAUCAGAUUUUAACACA